CCUGCCCCCACCAGCUCGACGAGCUCACGACCACCUCACCCUCCAUCGCUCACACCCGCCCCAUCCGUCUCACCUCCACCCCCAGCGUACGCGCAGCAUCAUAACCCGCCCUUUUGCCCGCCCGCCGCUGCAUAUACCCAAAAAGGCCGCGACGACGCAGCAGUCCGCCCGACAUGGCGGACGAGCACGAAAACUUCUCCAACGUCUCGUGGAGCGAGCACGUCCACGACCAGACGUCGCGCCUCCCGCCCGCCGAGGAGCCCGGCCACACCAUGGAAGGGCCGUCGACGGGCAUCGAGGACGAGCCGCCGCUGGGCAACGAACGCCUCGAGUGCGCCGUCGGCACGCCCCUCAAGGAGAAUGACGGCAGCAAGGAUGCCUUUGUCUCGUACCUCAUCACCACCCACUCCACGUUCCCCUCGUUCCAGCGCUCGACCGUGUCCGUCCGUCGCCGCUUCACCGACUUCGUCUUCCUCUUCAAGCAGCUCUCGCGCGACUUCCCCGCCGCGGCCGUCCCGCCGCUGCCCGACAAGCAGCGCAUGGAGUACGUCCGCGGCGACCGCUUCGGCGGCGACUUCACCGCCCGGCGCGCCCACUCGCUGCAGCGCUUCCUGCGCCGCCUGGCGCUGCACCCGACGCUCCGCCGCGCGGCCAUACUGCACGCCUUCCUCGAGAGCCCCGACUGGAACGCCACGGUCCGCAGCCGGAGCACGCGCGCCAGCCUCGCCAGCGACGGCGGCCCUGGUGGAGGCGGUGGAGGCGGCGGCGGCGGGAGCGGCGGCGUCUUCGACAACUUUGCCGACACCUUCAUCAACGCCUUCACAAAGGUGCACAAGCCCGACCGGCGCUUCAUCGAGGUCAAGGACAAGAGCGACAAGCUCGACGAGGACCUGGGCCACAUCGAAAAGGUGGUGGCGCGCGUCGUCCGCCGCGAGGCCGACCUCGAGGCCGACAUGCGCGACCUGGCGGAGCAGUUCCAGAAGCUCAUCACGCUCGAGCCCGGCGUCGAGCCCGCCGUGCACGCCUUCGCCGCGUCCGUCGAGGACACGGCCGCGGGGCUGCGGGGCCUGCGCGACGUGACGGACCAGGACUACCUGGGCUCCCUGCGCGACAUGCAGGCCUACUCGCUCUCCCUCAAGGCCCUCCUGCGCGCCCGCGAGCAGAAGCAGCUCGACCACGAGCAGCUGACCGAGUACCUCAACAAGUCGACGGCGGAGCGCGACGCUCUCGCCUCGGGGGGCCACGGCGGCGGCGGCGGCGGCGGCGGCGCCUCGGGCCUCGUCGGCGGCCUGGGCGGCAACUUCAUCCGCUCCAAGAUCGAGGACGUGCGCGGCGUCGACCACGAGCAGGCCCGCCGCGAGCGCGCCCGCAAGCUCGAGCUGCGCGUCGAGGAGCUCACCACCGAGGUGGAGCGCGCCCGCCGCACCAGCGACAUGUUCGACGACGAGGUGGUCCGCGAGGUGGCCGACUUUGAGCGCAUCAAGCGCUGCGAGUUCAAGGCCCAGCUCGGCGGCCUGGCCGACGCCCACGUCGCCUUUUACGGCGACGUCGCCGAUAUUUGGGAGCGCUACGUCCGGGAGAUGGAGCGGGAGGGUGGCCUCGCUGCCGCCGCGUGAGCGACGAUGACCCUGCCAGCACCCCCCCCCCCUUCCUAAGGGGUAGAGGCGCCAGGGCACGUCGUCGAAGGUCAGGGCGGAGGCCGAUCAUCACGGACGGCGGUUAGCGAGAGCGAGAGAAAAGCGGGAGGAUCACGACGUGAGAUUCGCCGAGGCGCGGGCGUUGGCGUUUGGGACGACGGGCUGUACACAAACAACCCCUUUCUCUACUUUGUCUGAGCGAAACUGCACAUUAGACGGGAAACAAUUGACCAAGAUCUAUUCAUAAUGCAAACGCCGGCCCGCAUGCCCGCCAGCCCGCCUGUCUGCCUACUGGCCUCUCUUUGUAUGCAAAGCCGCCCAGGCCGUCCUUCUCUUUCCAGUCCCCUCCCUUUCCCUGUUGUUUGGGUCCCUCACUCACGGCCGCCUUGGCCCAACGGCCGCCUCUCGGCCGCCUUCUCGUC